CUCCACAACCUGAUUAUUCCACCUACAAGCGUAAUAGGUUGCAGUGCAAAUGUGUACUGGCUUCCUUAGUACGCUAGACAACUCCUUUUUUCUAGGCUUUAGCUCGAAUCUGAUCUUCUCCGCUGGACGUCCGCCUUAAGAUCUAGGGUUACAGGCCUCUGAAUUGCUCACCUAAAUAGCCAUUCCUCUUGCAAUAGUGGUUCAUUUUUUGUUGUUUCUUGGGGCUAUGGAAUCAUCUUCGCCAGGCCUUCCAAUAUCCGAGCUCUUUAUUGGUGGAUCGUUGCUAUAUUGGGCUAAAUUGAAGGAAUUCAGCCUCGCAGUUACUGUUCACUCCAGAUACUCCAGAAGUGCAACACCUAUUCCUGAAAAGAUGUAAGAAGAAGGUUCUGAAAUCACAAGAUAGCACUCCACGAAGGAGAAGUGGAAGGUUGAUGAACGUUAUGUUCAGAAGGAAAACCAAGCUGCGUGGGGGGCCAGAGCAAAUUGAUCUCGUUGGUGACGAAUCAAUUCAAACUGGGGGGUGUGUUGAAGCUGAAGGGAUUAGGGAAGACGGAAAUAAAGAAAUGACAGACAUUCAACCAAAUGCUCAGGUGGAUGGUGAGAGAUAUGAUUUUCAUGAUGAGAAUAUGCAAGAUGAACAGGGUAAAAUGGAAUCUGGAGGUGAAAAUAAUGCAUCCCCAUCGGAUAUGGAAUCUGAUGGCGAGGGACAAAGCAGUGAUGAGGAGGUUGCAGAUGAUGAUGAUAGAGAAGGCAGUGACGAGGACGAGGCAGAUUAUGAUGGUGAAGAAGGGAGUGAUGAGGAUGGAUAAGAGAAUGGUGGUGCACACAGCGGUGAUGAGGAGGAAUCAAAAGAUUACGAAGGGGACGAUAAUGAGAAUGAUGAUGACAUGACUGGUGAGCCGGAUGAAGAUAGUAGUGAACGAGGUGCAUCAGUGAAAGGAAAGACACCAAGAGCAGUUGGUAAGAGUGUUGAACGUUCACGUGCAAGAACAAGUUAGUCUAUGAAGCAGGGAGAUGAGAGAUUACAGGUUAUUGGAAGAACAGAGAUGGUGCGAAUAAAAAGGGAGGGCUGGAAAGAAGUUGGUGGAUAUCAAGGCACCAUAUGGGUCAUUGCAGACAAGGUCGACACCACAUGUAUUACUGAAAGCCAUACAAGGGAUGAAUGGUGUUCAGCGUGCUGAAGUUGAAAGGAUUGGGUUUGGAUCAGUUUUAAGACUUGAUAUUUGGGAGUUGCCAUCAAGGUUGGGUCUUUGCAUUGUGAGUAACUAUGAUGCUAGGAGCAGCUGUUUAAAACUUCCGGACAAUACAAAGAUGCACAUAACUGCUGUGCUGGAAAGAAGAAGUUGGUGGAUAUCAAGGCACCAUAUGGGUCAUUGAAGACAAGGUCGACACCACAUGUAUUACUGAAAGCCAUACAAGGGAUGAAUGGUGUUCAGGGUGCUGAAGUUGAAAGGAUUGGGUUUGGAUCAUUUUUAAGACUUGAUAUUUGGGAGUUGCCAUCAAGGUUGGGUCUUUGCGUUGUGAGUAACUAUGAUGCUAGGAGCAGCUGUUUAAAACUUCCGGACAAUACGAAGAUGCACAUAACUGCUGAAGAUGUUUGUACUGUCUUAGGGGCCGAGCGGAUUCAAAAUAACAAGCAUAACAAGGAUAAAUCAGUGUUGAAAGAGUGGAGACUUAAGUUUGAUACGACGGGUAUUAUGAUCACUCCAAAUGAUGUUGUAAAGAAGAUGCUGAGGUGCACAUAGGGGGAGAGUGGUUUGUGAGACAUUUUGUAACGCUAAUUGUGUCGGUACUUGUGGAUAGCACAUCACACAGUUACGUAAAUGCAUUUGGGGUGGACCAUUUGGGGGAUGUUGGGAGAGUUCUUAGGUUGAAUUGGUGUCAAUAUGUUCUUGACAAGCUCAUAGAGAACAAGCUAAAGUGGGAGAAAAAGAGUAGUUUUCAGUGGUCCAUUGCUCUUUCUAAUGGUAUGAAAAUAUUAAUACAAAUAUCACGUAAGGAAUUAAAGGUUGUACGAAUAA